UCGUUCUCAAAGCACUUACUCACCUGUAACUCAGAGCCCAUCGAGGCCGAGUUGGCCGUGCAGGUCGAGUACGACAUGGAUGAACAAGAUCAGGAAUGGCUGGACUCACUAAACAAAGAACGGAAGGAUCAAGGGAUGGAUCAGGUGACAUAUGAGACGUUCGAGAUUAUUAUUGACAAACUGGAAAAGGAGUGGUUUGACUUGAUGAAGAGAGUUCCAAAGUCUCAGACGGAUGCACCACCAGAAGACUCCACUUGUGCCGUUUGUGAUGACGGCGAAGGGGAGAACAGCAAUGCGAUCGUGUUCUGCGAUGGCUGCAACCUGGCCGUUCAUCAAGGCGCGUGCCAAUGCUAUGGUAUUCCUUAUAUCCCGGAGGGUCAAUGGCUUUGCCGAAAGUGUACAAUUUCCCCAGAAAACCCUGUUUCAUGUGUGCUUUGCCCCGCUGAAGCAGGUGCGUUCAAGCAAACAAACACGGGGAAGUGGGUACAUCUUCUGUGUGCUUUGUGGAACCCAGAGGUUACAGUCACCAAAGGCGCCUAUAUGGAGCCGAUCGAGGGCAUCGAGCGGAUAUCCAAACCCAGGUGGAGAUUGGCUUGUAGCAUAUGUGGCAUCAAGAAGGGCGCGUGUAUCCAAUGUCAGAAAGCCUCAUGCGCGACGGCAUUUCACGUCACCUGCGCCCGGCAGGAAGGCUUGCUCGGUUCAAUGAAGUCCUUUGCAGAAGAAGAACAUUCCCUGCGUGUAUUCUGCGAGAAACACUUACCAUCGGAUAUGCUCAAGAAUCGCCGCGUGCACACUCCACCUCCUGCUUCUGUAUCUGGCUCAGCAACACUCAAGUCCACGAAAGCUGCAUUAGCACACUCUUCUGGUUAUGCCCCCCCGGCCCCAAUCAUUCCAGCAUACAUAUACGAUCGCGUCCUUGCAUAUAUUCUGAAGAUUCGAGUGUUGAAGAAGAGGGAUUUUUUGGCGCUGGUGUGCAAGUAUUGGAGCUUGAAACGGGAGGCGAGGCGCGGUGCACCCUUGCUUAAGCGAUUACACCUUGAGCCCUGGACCGCUAGCUCUACAAAUAGGCACAAAACGGACGAACAAAAGGCUCGACAGCUUAAGGCAUGGCGUUGGUUCUGCCUCGCGAGCUGCUUUGCUAACUUCACGCAGUUCCUAGGGUCUCUGCGCGGGGAUAUCGAACGUACUCGAAUCAUGGCGGAAUACGUCAUCCGUCGCGAACGAAAGAAGAUGGAUCGGAUCGAGGCAUUCCAGAGCACCCUUGGCACAAUGCUCUUUCCAUUCGAGCACGAUCUCCGCGAUGCCCUGGAGAAGGUCGUUGCAACUGACAAGAUGAAAUAUUUCCAUGAACCAGUCGACAGAGCCGAUGUUCCGGAUUAUUACCUCAUUGUUAAGAACCCGAUGGAUUGGACUCGGAUAGAAGAGAAGAUCAAGGACCAUGAAUAUAUGAAUGUGGAUGAGUUCGGCGACGAUGUGAACCUGGUCGUCGACAACGCAAUGCUGUACAACGCCCCAAAUUCCGUCCACUACAAGAGCGCCAUGAAA